GCCUCUUUCUAGCACAGCACGGUCUGCUGAUAGUGCUAUCAUAGGACUGAGGAGCCAGCUCCCGGUCCCUCCAAUUGCUUCUUGCGAUGCGGCGAUACCAUGCGGAGAGCUGUUGGAGAACAGUAGCCACGGUCCGGCAUGUGGCAAUGCAGCACAGACUGAUGAAGCGUUUAUCUACUUUUUUGGGGUGGAAUCAUUCAGCCUCAGCAAUCCUACUGCACUCCCCCUCGGAUCGUCUGUUUGGUCGCUGUUUCAAACACAUUUCAGCCGCUGUCUUGCCUUUGGCGUUCCGCACCAAUAUUUUCUUCUUUUUGUCUUUGAAUUAUUUUGCCAAUUUCUCUCUCUCUUCAGUUCAAGGACUCCCCCUGCUUCCUUCGCCAUGACGCUCGCAUCUGUCGCCAAUACUAUCCAAAGCAUGGUUCUAUCCAGGACCAACACUGGCAGCAAGCCCCUCGUGCUGCUUGCAUCCGGUGCCCAGCUGUUUACAGAUAUUUCGUACGGUCUGCUCAGCAAAAUUGAUCGCUCCGUUCCCUCUGCUUCCAGCCGUAUCGACCGCAUUCUGAUGGACCACCGCGACGCGCAUAGAGACGAUACUGCAGAUGUGCAGAAGGUUGCAAUCGUGACUGGCGCCAACUCUGGCAUUGGGUUUGUGACUGCCAACGCGCUUGCACGGGCUGGAUACCAGACUAUCCUGGCAUGCCGGAACCCAGAGCUGGCGCAGGAGGCGCUUGACACGCUGAAGCGGCAGACUGGGCUCGAGAACUUUGAGGUGAUGCAGUUGGAUCUGGCGUCGCUGGAAUCAGUUAACGGGUUCGUCAAGCAGUUCAAGGCCAAGUACGAGACGCUGGACAUCUUGGUUAACAAUGCCGGCGUGAUGAUGUGUCCGUACUCGCAGACCAAGGACGGCACUGAGAUGCAGUUUGGUAUCAACCAUAUCGGCCAUUUUGCGCUAACUACGCAGUUGCUUGAUUCUCUGAAGGCGGCCAAGGGUGGUGCCCGUAUCGUCAACGUCGCAUCUCUGGCAUCGUAUAUGACGACUGGUAUUGACUACAGCGCAAUUGAGGACAAGGAAAACUACGACCGCAACAACAACUACGCGAUGGCAAAGCUCGCCAACGUCACGUUCUCGAACGCACUUGCGCGCAAGCUCCAGGGCACCAACGUCACUGUAAACUCGCUGCAUCCGGGAUCGAUCAAGACAAACUUGACACGCCAUGUGGGAACUGGUGCCAUCAUGGACACAAUCUUCAACAUGGUGCUGAUUGAUGCCCAGGCGGGGGCGCUGACAUCGAUUUACCUGGCACUGUCGCCAGACGUGGAGGGCGCUUCGGGCAAGUACUAUUCGCGUUGCGAGGCAACGAACCCGCACCCAAAGGCCUUGGAUGAGGCUGAGCAGGACAGGCUCUGGAAGUACUCUGAGAACCUAGUCGCCAAAAAACACGCAUCGAUGUAAUGCUGCAGAGCGUAACCCAGGACAAUGCACGUAAUCGGCAGGGGUUGUGCACAUGAAGGUCUAUUAAACUUCCCUUUAAAAUUUCCAACAUGAAGCCUCCUGUGUUUACGAGCGAGUUAUCGCAGACAGGAACUCAGCGAUUGGAUCAAUAAACCAGACUCUUGGCGAUGCCAGUCCUGUAAGGAACGCCAGGUGGCCGCCAUGCGGGACCAGUGCCAGUGCAAGAUUAGGGUUGGUCUUGAACUUGUCCAUGGGGAUUCCGACAGGCGGAGUGAUACGGUCGUCAAGGCUGUUUAUGGCUAGAUACGGUAUGCGGAUACGGUCGACGUAAUGGACUGCGCUAGCCUUGGAGUAGUACUCGUCCAAUGACUCGUACCCAUUGACCUUUACCAGGUACUCUUCCUCGAUCUCCCACAGCUUGGUCGAGUUCAUGAUCCGGUCAAUAUCAAUGCCCCAUUCUGGGUUGAGCGCAACAUGGCUACCGCGCUUCAUGGCA